AUGUACAUCACCCUCUACUACAUAGUCACCCGGCUCCCUGACACCCUUCGCCCGGUUAGGGACCACUUCCUCUCUGUUUGCCCCACCACCCUCACCGUUGACCUCCUCGAGGAGCGCCUGCUCGCGGCAGAGAAGAGCAUAGUCGCAGUAGGUGCCUCUCGUGGUGACCCUCGUACCCCUGUCUUUGAGGGGUGCUCCCCCUCUCCCCUCUUGCCCUCUGUUGCCUCUGCUGCUGCGGCCGACCUCGUUGGUCUUGAGUCGGUCGCUGCGGCGUCUGCCCCUAGCGGGAGACGCCGCCCUGGCAAGGGCAAGGGGGGCAAGGGUGCUGGAGGGGCUGGAGGGGGCGGUGGAGGCGGAGGUGGAGGUGGUGGAGGGGGUGGGGGUGGCGGUGGGGGUGGUGGCGGGGGUGGGGGCGUCGGUGGCGGGACUGGAGGUGGAGGUGGAGGCGGCGGUGGCGGUGGGAGCGGAGGUGGCGGAGGUGGCGGUAGUGGAGGAGGUAGCGGCGGAGGCGGCGGAGCUGGUCGGGGUGGCGCUGCGCAGAGGGGUGGCUCCGGUGGUGGUGCGCGCCAGCAGCAGCAGCAGCAGCGUACCCGUGAGACCCCUUCCCCCCAGCAGCUUCGUGAGUGGUACGCUGCUCGUCAGCGGGGUGGGGGUGCUGGCCCCUGCACCUACGUUCUCCGUACCGGCGACCGGGCGGGUGAGCAGUGUGGAGGCCCGCACCCCACCCAGCGCUGCUUCGGUCGGCUGACAGACGCGUGGCGCCACCAGUUCCCCGACGCUACGGAGAUCCCUCGCUGGGGCGAGCUGUCUAGGGCGGGUGUUGCAAUCUAUGAUCUUGACUUUGAUGCUAUUCUUGCUGCCAUGUAUGCUGUGACUAUUAGUGAUGAGGGUGACUGUUACCGGUGUUUCCCGCCUGACCCAGGCAUAGAGGCUGCUGCGCUAGGUACUUGUGAGGCUGCUGCUCUAGGUGCCAGUGCGUCUGCUGCCCCAGGUGCCGGUGAGUUUGCGCUCUCAGGUGCUGCGUCGCCCCCGGACACCCACACCUUCACCCUUGACUCGGGUGCUUCCCGCUCCUUCUUUCGAGACUGCACCACUCUCACACCGCUCAGUCGGCCUGUUGCGGUCUCCCUAGCGGACCCCUCUGGGGGUCCUGUCCUUGCUCACUACUCCACUGUCCUACCGUGUCCAGCGGUCCCGUCUGGCUCCCUGUCGGGUCUCUACCUCCCCUCGUUCUCUACGAACUUGGUGGCGGGUGCUGACCUCCAGGAUGCAGGAGUUGACCAGUUCACCCCUGCGCGUCAGCGGGUGACCCACUGCACUUGUGCGGACACGGGCCGCCACUUGGCCACGUUUGCUCGUCGGCCAGGGUCGAGCCUGUACACACUGACUACUGAGUCUUCCCCAGUCACUGAGUCUGCUCAGGUAGCCGCGUCGGGUCAGGUGUUUGCUGCGGCGUCCAGGUCUGGUCCUGAGUCUGCCCCCUGCUCGUGUCGUCUCCUGUCUCACCGGACUCUCCUCUGGCACCACCGUCUUGGUCACCCCUCCCUGCCUCGCCUUCGAGGCAUGGCUUCCCGUCUUCUUGUUUCUGGUCUCCCCCGGUCCCUCCCUCCUCUUCCUCCGGGGCCUGCCCCCACCUGCGUUCCCUGCGUCGAGGGGCGGCAGCGCGCUGCUCCUCACUCCUCCGAGUUUCCUCCGACAGAGGCUCCGCUGCAGACGCUUCACAUGGACGUGUGGGGCCCAGCCCGCGUCCGUGGGCAGGGUCAGGAGCGCUACUUCCUGCUGGUGGUUGACGACUACUCGCGUUACACCGCAGUCUUCCCCUUGCGCAGCAAGGGUGACGUCACUGAGGUGUUGAUCGCCUGGAUCCGCGCGGCUCGUCUCCAGCUCCAGGAGAGUUUCGGCUCCGACUUUCCUGUUCGGCGUCUGCACUCCGACCGAGGCGGAGAGUUCUCCUCUGACCUUCUGCAGACCUUCUGUCGCACACGAGGCAUCCGCCAGACCUUCACGCUUCCGGACUCUCCGCAGCAGAAUGGGAUUGCUGAGCGCCGCAUCGGCAUGGUCAUGGACGUCGCUCGUACGUCCAUGAUCCAUGCGGCUGCUCCCCAUUUUCUGUGGCCGUUUGCGGUUCGGUACGCGGCGCAUCAGCUCAACCUUCACCCCCGGGUCUCCAUGCCGGAGACCUCCCCUGCUUUGCUGUGGACGGGGAAGGUUGGUGAUGCGUCGCGUUUUCGGGUCUGGGGAUCUCGGGCUUUUGUCCGAGACUUGUCUGCGGACAAGCUGUCCUCUCGUGCUGUUCCCUGCGUCUUCCUUGGCUUUCCCCCUGACGCGCCAGGCUGGCAGUUCUACCACCCCACCUCGCGCCGUGUCUUCGCGUCCCAGGACGUCACCUUUGACGAGUCGGUUCCCUACUACCGUCUCUUCCCCUACCGCACUGCGUCCCUCCCUCCCCCGCCGCUCUUCCUUACACCAGGCCCCCCUCCGGUAGACCCCCUCCCCCCUCAGGGUCCUGCUCCCUCAGGUGUGUCCCAGGUAGAUGCAGUUGAGCCAGUCGAGGUAGCUGUUGACUCUGGUACUGCUGGUGGUGCUGAGCCUGGGGGUGCUGGGUCUGGGGGUGCUGCGACUGGGGGUGCUGGGUCUGGGGGUGCUGCGACUGGGGGUGCUGAGCCUGGGGGUGCUGAGCUUGGGGGUGCUGAGCCUGGGGGUGCUGCGCCUGGGGGUGCUGCGCCUGGGGGUGCUGCGCCUGGGGGUGCUGAGCCUGGGGGUGCUGAGUCUCGGAGUGCGGAGCCUGAGAGUGCUGGACCUGCUCGUCCGGCGUCUGGUGGUGCUGAGCCUGGCGGUUCCUCCGGUGCUUCGUCCCGGCGGGAGCUGCUCUCUCCACAGGAGCUGCGUGAGUGGUUCGCCCGGCGCUGGCGACGUGCUGCUGGAGCUGGUGGUGCUGCAGGAGCUGGGGGUUCUACUGCUGCUGAGAGUGCUGGUGCCGAGGGUCCCAGAGGUGCUCGUACCGAGUGUACUGGAGCUGCUGACCCUACGAGUGCUCCUCCUGCUGGAGCUGGUGGUGCUGCUGGUGUUGCUGGCGCUGGAGCUGCUGGUGCUGCUGGAGCUGCUGGUGCUGCUGGUGCUGCUGGUGCUGCUGGUGCUGCUGGUGCUACUGGCGUUGGUGCUGCUGGAGCUCCUGGAGCUGGAGCUGCUGCGUCUUCGGGUGGUCCGGCUGGAGCUGGAGCUACUGGGGGUGUUGGCGCUGGGGGUGCUCCUGGCGCUGGUGCUGCUGGGGGUGCUGGAGUUGGAGCUGCUGGAGUUGCGGGUCUUCCUGGUGCUGGUGCUCCCGCUGGGGGCGCUGGUGCUGUUCCUGCUGGCACUGGUGGAGCUGCGCGGCCGCGGCCGUACUUCGUUCCGCUCCUUGAGCAGGUUCUUGGUCUUCCGUCCUCUCUUGGUCCUGCUCCUGCCUUAGAGUGUCCGCCUCCUGUCCAGUCUGAGUCACAGUUACAGCCACCUUCCCCGCUUCCUUCUCCUUCUCCCUACACUGGUCCUACUGGAGGUCUUGCUGAGCGUCGUGAGCCUGCGUCUCGCCCUGCGUCGCCUGUCCGUGCUGCUCGCACUAGUGGUCGUGGUUCGCGUCAGCGUCCUCCCCCUGUCCCCGGCACGCACCGGAUGUCUCUGCGUCCUUCCACUGCUCCGCUGCGUGCCCCUUUGCCCUCUCCUCCAGCGUCCUCUCUUCCUGAGCUUCCUGACCCGGAGUCGGACUCCCUUCGUGCUGCGCGUCCUACUGUCACGCGUCUCCUUGCUACUGUCGUCACUGACCCUUCCUUUGAGUCUACUGCUGCGUCUGCCCUAGUUGCUGAGCUUGUCGACUUCGCUGCUCGCUGUCGCCUAGACUACGCUACCAGUCUCGUCGCUGAGUCUGAGUCUGUCUGUCCUCCGUCCGUCGGGGGUGAGUGUGCUCUUGGCACGGACGUCCUAGAGGACAGGCAGGAGGAGUUCCAGUGCUUGGCUGCUGUUUCACCUCAUCUCGUGUCCAUGCUGCUUGCCCCUGAGGGAGACCCGGAUGCACUUGACAUCCCGACUCCGCGCUCUUACGCGGAGGCGAUAGAGGGUCCCUACUCCUCUCAGUGGCAGGCAGCCAUGGACGCAGAGAUGGCUUCCUGGAAGUCCACAGGCACCUACGUUGACGAGGUUCCCCCGCCUGGGGCGAACAUCGUCAGUGGCAUGUGGAUUUUCAGGGUGAAGCGGCCGCCGGGUUCUCCGCCUGUCUUCAAGGCGCGUUACGUGGCUCGUGGUUUCAGUCAGCGGCAGGGAGUUGACUACUUUCAAACUUUCUCUCCCACCCCGAAGAUGACCACUCUUCGGGUACUGCUGCACAUAGCUGCUCACCGAGACUACGAGCUGCACUCUCUUGACUUCAGCACUGCUUUCUUGCAGGGCAGCCUUCACGAGGAGAUCUGGCUGCGCCGCCCACCUGGCUUCACUGGGACGUUUCCUCCUGGCACCCAGUGGAGCCUCCGGCGGCCAGUCUACGGUCUCCGCCAGGCGCCUCGUGAGUGGCACGACACACUGAGGACUACACUUGCGGCCCUUGGGUUUGCUCCUUCUACUGCCGACCCGUCGCUGUUUCUGCGCACCGACACUUCUUUGCCGCCGUUCUACAUCCUCGUGUACGUCGACGACUUGGUCUUUGCUACAGCUGACACUGCUGGACUUGCCUACGUGAAGUCCGAGCUGCAGAAGAGACACACGUGCACAGACCUGGGUGAACUGCGCAGCUACCUUGGCUUGCAGAUCACCAGGGACAGAGCACAGCGCACCAUUACCCUGACUCAGUCACAUAUGGUGCAGCAGGUCCUUCAGCGCUUCGGCUUCACGUACUCCUCGCCUCAGGCCACUCCUCUGCCUACGCGCCACUCGCUCUCAGCUCUGCCUUCGGAUGAGUCCGUAGAGUCGAGUGGCCCGUACCCAGAGCUUGUCGGCUGCCUCAUGUACCUGAUGACCUGCACUCGACCUGACCUUGCAUACCCUCUUAGCAUUCUGGCACGCUUUGUUGCUCCUGGGAGACACAGACCAGAGCACAUGGCUGCAGCGAAGAGGGUGUUGCGCUACUUGUGCAGCUACGCAACGGUCGUCACAGGGUUACACCUUCAGCCUUGGUUCCGGCUCUGUUUCUUGGCGGUCUACCCGCUCGUCUUCUGUUCUGAGAUCUACGCAGGGGCCAUGGCUGCACAGGAGCUACGCUGGCUCACCUACCUGCUGACUGACCUGGGAGAGCCGCCUCGUUCUCCUCCAGUGCUGUACGUAGACAACAAGGCCAUGCUGGCCUUGUGUCAUGAGCACAGACUGGAGCACAGAACGAAGCACAUCGCUCUCCGCUACUUUCUUGCUCGUGAGCUGCAGCAGCGUGGUCAGCUGCGCCUUGCUUACGUGGCCUCUGAGGCCAACACUGCUGAUAUCUUCACUAAGGCACUCGCGCCUUGUGAUCAUCAGCGCUUCUGCACUCUGUUAGGUCUUGUACCUACCUUGCCUCACUUGCUUACUUCUUGA